AUGGCACAGGUGUUGUCAGUUUCAGGAAAUGUUAGACUUGGAUUUGCUUUCAAAACUUCAUUCCACCAUGAUUUCGGAAGAAUCACUGGUAUAGCAGCGUCAACAAGGGGGAACAUUUUACUAUGCGACUAUGAUAAUAAGAAGCUGAUUCUAGUAAAUCCUUUUGGAAAAUACCUAAAUAAACUUAGCCUGGAAAGUGAGCCUUAUGAUGUGGCAAUUACAAGUCAAAACAUAGGACAUAUAACUCAACCCAACACCAGAUAUGUAUUACAGAUCGACCCUGACCGACUGGUUGUACUAUAUAAAGCAACAAGCAAUGACAUGCACAUUUCCGUGAAUUGUGCAUCAGCAGUUCCUAAUUCUGGAUUGGACAUACCAAAUAAAGUUUCAUGUUAUCUCGGGGUGACGGUGAAUGGUUCUUUAUGCCUCACACAGGAAACUCACAUAAGUUCAAAUGGAUAUGCAAUUGAUCAUCGUGUUAUGAAGUUCCAUGCAGUUGAUGUUGGAACUUUCUUGUAUUGUAUAGGUGACCAGAAUUAUAUCAAAUUUACAAAAUCUAGUAGUCUGGGAUAUCAUUGUAAAGAGCACAUUGUCAAUAUUGAAACUAUGGUAAUGCCCACUGAUAUAUGCUCUGAUAACAAUGGACACAUCUACGUCAUUGGACAGGGUUCAAAUAACAUACACCGGCUGACAAAUGAUGGAAAGGUUAUAGAUAUACCACUGGACUGUAGACAUGGUAUCAAACAACCAGUUGCACUAAGUUUAAAUCAAGACUAUGUUAAGUUAUAUGUUGUCAAUGAAUGGGGAAAAUCAGUAUUGGUUUUUGAUGUGAUUUGA